AAAUCUUAUGAUCAUUGUCACGUCUCAGAAUAGACACAGUCGAGAGUCGGCCCUUCGGACAGUGGAGAGGACCUUCAAACCCACCAGAUCCACCCGUUUGAGCAAUGUCCGUCAGGGCGAACUAUAUGAGAACUUGAACGCGACGGACGUGGCAAGGGUGAUUGCUUCUGGAACCAAAAUUCAAAACCCCACACCGAGGGGUGGAAUUUUGAUCCCCAAAUCGCGGUUCCUCUUUCAAGGGCUCUCCUGCCAACACCUCAUCUCCUUCCUCUCUUGCACGAAUAGCCAGGCACGCCCGCUGCGCUCCCUUCACCGCUUCUGCAGUGUGCGUGAGGUGAGGUCAUUCCUGCUGCGUGGUGCCACUCAGUCAAGCAGUGGUGGAGUCGAAGCUUCAAACUCAGAGACAGAGAACAAGAGAGCUCGGGCUCUUGGAUUGCUUUUUUUGGUUUCCAGUGCUUGGAACGAAAAAUGGUAGCGGCUUCAGGAACCAAUCCUUUCAACAAAGAGAUGGCCAUCCGAAAGAGAAUUGCCAAUAUAUUCAAUAAGAGAGAAGAGGACUUUCCAUCAUUGAAAGAGUAUAAUGAUUACUUGGAAGAAGUGGAAGAUAUGAUUUUUGAUCUGAUAGAAGGAAACAACAUCCCUGCCAUCGAAGCAAAAAUUGCAAGAUAUCAAGAAGAAAACAAGGAUCAGAUAAUUAAUGCCCAAGCUCGAAAGGCUGAAGAGCUUGCGGCAGCCAUGAAAGCAAGCAAAGGACCUCCUGUGCAGAACGAUCCAAGUGAUAUGGCUUUAGGACAAAAUGCACAAGUAGGAAUAAGUGGGGUUGCGCAGGGACAAUAUGCUCCUGCUGUGCCAGGAGCUGCAUUUGGACAACCAAGACCUACAGGUGUAGUACCUCAGCCGGUAUCGUUAGGUGGUCUCGAUGGUACCAUGGGCAUUGAAGAUGAAGCGACAAUGAAACUUCGAGCAGAAAGAAGUGCUAGAGCGGGAGGGUGGACUGUGGAAAUAAGCAAGAAAAGGGCAAUGGAAGAAGCCUUCAGUAGUCUGUGGGUUUGAAUUGCCGAAAUGAACAUAAGCCAUGUUCUCGUUAAGUGUAAAUAGCACAAGUGCCGAAACAAUGUUAUUCCAAUCCAUUCUUACGUUGCCAAGUUUCCUGUCUGAAAGAGCACCGUUGCUGUCGCCAUAUUAUCGGAGAGAACAAUGCCCGUACACAAGAAUUAUUAAAUCGAUCAUGCAUGGGAUUGCAGGUUUUGGUGCUUCAUUGAUGGUUUUGUAGCAAUAUUUCUGGUCUUCAAACAAAAAAUCACAUUGAGAAGAGGCCCCUGAUUUGUGGUAAAGAAACAGUUAGUAGAUUGAUGUGUCCUUUUACAGCAGGAUAAAUUGAAAACAGAUUGGUAGGAUUUCUCUUGUC